ACGCCUGCGUUUCGCAGAACGUAGCGAGGAGAUUGCAGCCAUACGUCGCGCAGCUUCCAUCAGCAAAUGUGGCAAGCAAACGUGCCCUCACGCCUCAGUAGGAACGAUGAAGCUACUUUCUGUACCUGGCUACCUCACGGAACCACCAACAUACCUUGACCAUUGAGAACAGCAGAUGAGCUAGGAUUACAUUGUCAGAAAAGUUCUCAGAGCAUCAAAUGGUCAUUGUCUGGACUUCAUCUUUCCCAUGCGCGGCAUCCUAGUCCAACACACCUUGACGUGCAACAAGCAGUGCUUGCUAGUCUAAGUCAGCAUUCAUCAUGGACAUUGUCAUGCUACCCAUUCUCUGCAACUCGCAGGCUAGAGACCGCGAGGAGAUCGUCCAGCCGCCCGUCCGCAGAGACACGCCGGCUCAGAACGAAGCCUUGCCUUGCGCAGUCGAGCAUGAGGAACUCAAGGCACGAAGAACUGAGAGCGUGGAUCCAGAUGCUCAUGCAGCCUGUUGCGGCAUGGAUGUUGAUUGGCUUCAAGCAGAGGCGGAAGCAUGCAGCUUGUGGCAGGAAGAGAAAGAGGCUGGUACGACGACAUCUCCCGACCAUUUGGUACGCGGCAAGAGCUUCAGUGAGUCUGACCGAAACGGGAUCAUUUGCACUGAGCGAGCGCCUUCACCAGAAAAGGAAGCGCACGGUAAUACGCACAGCUUGUGGGAAUGGCUGCUUGAAGAGUUCGCUGUGACCUCGCCAGGUUGGCCGAUUAGAGCAGCAAAGGACCGCACGGAUCGCGCUCGGAGUGUCUCGCCAUUCAUUCUAGGUCCGAACAGCUUGCCUGAAGACGAGCAUGCGAGUACGAAUGAGGCGAACAGCGACUCACUGGAGCAUUCGCCUACGCCACCUCCUCCAGCUUUGCCUUCUACGCCGACAGUGGGCAGCAAUAGCGGCUACAGAUUCGUGAGCUUCGGCCUCCCAGAACCAGCGACCGAGCAGUCGGUGCUGGCAAUGCUGUCUCGUCAGCAGACGCCGCAGCACACGUUUCAAAAACGCGAUCAUUUUCGCAGCCCACUACUCGCAACUACUGCACUGGUUGCACGCUUGCCAAGCGAGCAAAACCCCAAUCCCUUACUAACAACACCAUUCAGUCUGCUCCAGCACCUGCAACUGAGCAGCUGCCAUGCAGAGAUGCGAGCACAUCCCUUUCCGCCACUGCCACCGAAGCAUGAGAUGCCGCCGGAAGAGUUUCAGGUGGCUUUGAUGAGUGAAGAGAAGCGGGACACCGUAGGUCAAGAUAUCGAAGAGGGGCUGCUGAGAAGCAUGGGCUGGUCAUCCGAUGGUCCGAUUGACCAGCAGUCUACGCCGCAGACACAUUGUCGCACUCUGAUGCGUGCCAGGGUCGAGAGUCAGCCGUUUGCUUUUACUGGCAAUGCGGCGAGCAUUCAAUUUGGUUCAGCGCCGAAGGUCAGCAAUGAGAUCACGUCCCUGCACUUGUCUCCUUCCUGCUCCAUUGAUCGGUACCACUUGGAGUUUCCGUCGUCUCGUCCGUGGCAGCAUGCCCACGAAACUGUGAACCCUGCUCUUGAGGAUGAAGGGGUUCAGGUGUCAGAUACCCCUUCGCGCCUAAGGAGUUUUGGUGCCAUCGAUCAACAUCCUAUCGACUGGGCGCUAUACGGCCUGCGGCAAGACCAAGAGGGCAACACACAAGUCGCUGAAGAAGGCGUUGCUGUUUCACCACGGUCAGUAUCAGUGGAAAGUAGCCCUUCACACCGUUCACCAUGCGCCUCCAGUGUUGGUCCGGCUUGGACAGGCUCACUACAAGACGACCAAGCAGCCGAUGCAAGUGUCGCUGUCCUCCCGGGCGAUACAUUCGGCAGUGCGCCAAUGAUCCGCUUUGGGGCGACGCCGUCACGUUCAUCGCUAUCGUCCACUCCAAAGCACUACAUGGACCGGCCCUUAGACGGCCCCGUCAGAGAUGCUCUGGGCAAUGUCCAUGCCACCGAUGAGGGCAUCCUCAUCACUACCACGACUCACACCAGCACCACUACCUCUUCACCAUCCCCGCACCGCCCAAACACAAUCUUCCGCUUCGGCAGCGACAACCCCGACAAUCGCCGCUUAUUUAAGUCUGACCAUUCUCGUUCCCGUUGUCGCUCGCACUCGCGAGGUCGCCAACUAGACAACCAAUGUACCGACAAAGCCUCGUGUAAAUGGUCCGGCUAUGAUGGACGCGCGCACUCGCCCAACCCACCCGCCCCGCCUCGCUCCGCCUCCGCGGACCCACUACCGGCUGUAGCAGAAUUGGCGCUGGUCAUCGAUCCGAUUGAGCCAGUGGUGCAGAAAUUCAAGGAGCUGGCUUAGCAGGCCAAGCAAUUAGUAAGGGAGGGAAAGAAGACGACUGCUGCGUUCGCUGCUGCUGGUCUGCAUGGAGACGGGCCGGUUCUGGAGCCGGCAGUACAUAGAGGGGAUCAUAACUUGCCAGUUCCCGAUCCGCAAACACAGACGGC